AUGGGCGACACCUGCGUGGCGGUCGCCGCGCACGGCUACUACUGCUUUGACGUGCUUGUGCACGCGCUGGAGGGCGGCGCUGUGCCUGCGUGGGUGGCGCCCGGCGAGGGAUGCCAUGUGCCGCUGUUCGUCUCGUGGUACACGGCGCCGCACGGGCGCACCGAAGCGAAGCGCCUGCGUGGGUGCAUAGGCACGUUUGCGCCGCAGGCACUGCCCGAGGGCCUCGCGCGCUAUGCGCUGCAGGCGGCGCUGCAUGACUCGCGCUUCCCGCCGAUCCGCCGCGCCGAGUGCGAUGCGCUCGUGUGCACGGUGAGCUUCCUGAGCCCGAAGGAGCCGUGCCGCGAUCCGUGGGACUGGGUCGUCGGCGUGCACGGCGUGUACGUGACGUGGCAUGCACCCGGCGGAGCGAGGCUCACGGCGACCUUCCUGCCCGACGUGGCGCCUGCGCAGGGCUGGGACAAGCGGGCGACGAUAGACCAUGCGCUGCGCAAGGCAGGAGCCACACGGCCACCGUGA